GGCCGCUGCCCGCCCCCGCCGCGGCCCCUAGCUCGCAGCCCACUCCGCGCAGCCACAGAUCAUCUUCCGAUUCUUCCCCAGGAGCUUCAAGUAAUCUAGCCUGUCCUCAUGUGCAAGGUGGUGGCUCAUAAGAGCAAGCCCAGCAUAUUGCACCGAAAGCCCUGCUUAGAAAGCCGGGAGAAAGCUCACUUAGAGCAACCCAGUAGGGAUAUGUCCUCAGCACCAACUACUCCUCCAUCAGUGGAUAAAGUAGACGGAUUUUCUCGGAAGUCCGUCAGAAAAGCCAGACAGAAGAGGUCGCAAAGCUCCUCACAGUUUAGGUCUCAAGGCAAGCCCAUUGAGCUCACGCCUCUGCCGCUGCUCAAAGACGUUCCAACCUCAGAGCAGCCUGAACUGUUCCUAAAGAAACUUCAGCAGUGCUGUGUCAUUUUUGACUUCAUGGACACGCUAUCUGAUCUUAAAAUGAAAGAAUACAAGCGCUCCACUCUUAAUGAACUGGUGGACUACAUUACAAUAAGCAGAGGCUGUCUGACAGAGCAGACUUACCCUGAAGUAGUUAGAAUGGUAUCUUGCAAUAUAUUCAGAACUCUCCCUCCUAGUGACAGCAAUGAAUUCGACCCAGAAGAAGAUGAACCUACCCUCGAGGCAUCAUGGCCCCACUUACAGCUUGUAUAUGAAUUUUUCAUACGAUUUUUGGAAAGCCAAGAAUUCCAACCCAGCAUUGCCAAAAAAUACAUAGAUCAGAAAUUUGUAUUACAGCUUUUGGAGCUGUUUGACAGCGAAGACCCUCGAGAACGGGACUAUUUAAAAACAGUCUUGCACAGGAUUUAUGGCAAGUUUCUCGGGCUUAGAGCAUUUAUCCGAAAACAAAUUAACAAUAUUUUUCUAAGGUUUGUUUAUGAAACAGAGCACUUCAAUGGUGUAGCUGAACUGCUGGAAAUAUUAGGAAGUAUUAUCAAUGGCUUCGCUUUACCACUUAAGGCGGAGCACAAACAGUUCCUGGUGAAGGUGCUGAUCCCUCUGCAUACUGUCCGGAGUUUAUCUCUCUUCCACGCCCAGCUGGCGUAUUGUAUAGUACAGUUUCUGGAGAAAGACCCUUCCCUUACAGAACCAGUUAUUAGGGGGUUAAUGAAAUUUUGGCCUAAAACAUGCAGUCAAAAAGAGGUCAUGUUCCUUGGGGAGCUGGAAGAAAUCUUGGAUGUGAUUGAACCGUCACAAUUUGUUAAAAUCCAAGAACCUUUGUUUAAACAAAUUGCCAAGUGUGUUUCUAGCCCCCAUUUUCAGGUGGCAGAAAGGGCACUCUAUUAUUGGAAUAAUGAAUACAUCAUGAGUUUGAUAGAAGAAAACUCUAACGUCAUCCUUCCCAUCAUGUUCUCCAGCCUUUAUAGGAUUUCAAAAGAGCAUUGGAAUCCGGCUAUUGUGGCGUUGGUGUACAACGUGUUGAAGGCAUUUAUGGAAAUGAACAGCACUAUGUUUGAUGAGCUGACAGCCACAUACAAGUCAGAUCGUCAGCGUGAGAAAAAGAAAGAAAAGGAGCGCGAAGAACUGUGGAAAAAAUUGGAGGAUCUGGAGUUAAAGAGAGGUCUUAGACGCGAUGGGAUAAUUCCAACUUAACAACAGCCUAACAGCGACACACUAACCCGUGGGUCACACGCUUAUGUAGUAGAAGGAUGGAGCAACCGUUUUCUGUAUUGUGCAACUUUACAGUAGAUUUCACAUUUGUCUCAUUAUUACAGCAGCACUGUAUAUACCUGUCUCUAAGUAAAGGAAAACAUAAGGACUUCAAAGUGUGGACAGUAGAUGGACUCUCAGAACUUUGCAAACAUAAUCAUUGUUCUAACCCUCUUUAAAAACAAACAAACAAAAGGUCUACAGAGAUCUGUCGGGGAAAUUGCUAUGUUAAAAUUCCAUUAUCAGGAGUUCCUUAUUUAUCACUAGCAGAGAGUAUGAUACAAUUUUCAAAUGUGAACAAUCUUAAAUUUAGCUUGUCUUUCUGCUAAGCUGUUAAAUGUAUUUAUAGUAAAGGAAGAAAAGAUUUGUCAUUUCUUUAUAAGUUUGUAUAGCACCCUCCUCUGGACAUGACUGUAAUGUGACAUCCUUUCCUUUUGCACAUCUUCAUGAGUCAAAUGUCCACGUGGAACGGGGCUGUAAAUCACAGAGGUCCCUGAUGACAGUUUGUCUGCUGGAAGAACAUCUUCCCAGCCACCAGGUGUUCCUGGUCCUCCUUUAGUUUUCAGAUUAGGAGUGAAAAAGAGGAGGUGAUAAGCAUGGUAGCGAAGGGAAUGUUGGGCUUCGUAUCAGACAUGGUGAGUCCAAAUCAGGGUCUUGAAUCCUUUGAAAACAGGCAGUGGGACGCGCAGGCCUCAGCCCCUGCAGCAUUAGCUGCAGGCAUCAGUGUGCAUCCAGACCAGAGACAAUUUAGAAAUGUCAGAGAACAUCCUUUCGGAUCCUUUGAAGUGAGAAAGACAGAACACUAAGCGAUAGAGCCGUGGAGCUGAGCCCCAGGACUGCGCAUCCGGUUGGGAACUGCAUUGAGUGAACAGCACGCACUGUUUGGAGUUGUUGCCUUACUUUCUAAUGUGUACUUACCAAGUAUUUCAGCAAGAGGAUGCAGCCUCUGGAGAAGCAAAACACGUUCCAGGGGCUUUUUAUAGAUUCUCGUUCUAUAGCUCAUCACAGCGCCAGCCCUGUUUUUAGCCAGAAAGGAUUCAGGAUCAACAUUAUGCGUUCUGAAUUGGAUGCAUAUUCCUAACUACUGUAUUUGUUACCAAAAGUGGUUCUACAAAUGCUACUGAAAAAAUCUGGAAAUUCCUAAUGUCCUGAGUAUUAAUAAUAAAGUUUAAAAAAUGCUUUUAUAUCAAAGGUGCAUCGUGACCAAAUUGUUUAAGUUAAAAAAAAAAAAAAAGGACCCCAAGGUCUGGGCUCUAGAUGUCCUUAUCGGCCCUGUGCUGUGUUAACAAGAGCCCCGCAGGGGUAGGUAAGUCGCUGAUAUACAGGUGUGUAGUAUGUAUUUACCCGAUGUGGUUGCACUGCUGUGUAUUGGCAAAUGUGUGGUGGGGUUUGUCUCCAGGAAGCCUUUGCUUGUUAGAGACAGGACAGCGGUGAGCCCAUAAGCCCGAACCAUCACAUCCAGAGUGUCUAUGGCACAGAGCCGGUCCUGUGUUCAUAUGUGGAGUCGUGAUCAUAGCUAACGUGAACACACAUGAGCUCUUGUUGCUCUUAGUAGAAAUACAGUAUAAAUAGGGGCUUGUGUAUUUUCUUCCUUUUAAAUGUAAAGUAGAAUAUAUAGAGCUUUGUUGUUUCUGAGGAAAAGGAGGGGAAAAGCCACAGACUUAUUUCACUUAUGAAGUGUUUCCAGAUUGUCAGUCACAAUGUGUACAUAAAUGUAAGCUAAUUAUGGAUAUUUUUAUUUAGGUACCUUUGGUUUUUGGUUUUUAAAGGUAUGCAUACCACCAAGUCCGAGAUGGUUCAGUGGAAUGAGCAGGCCUCUUAAAGAGCGUCAAGGAAGGUUCCAUAUAGUUCCUGGAAAGUGUUGCAGCAGAGCUGCAGGUCACAUAUUGAUGCCAAGAAGCAAACCAUAGCACAUCCCCUUUAGCUCUGCUUUAGCCAUGUCCAUCUUCAUUGCACAUGUCUUUGAUAGUGUAGACUUUGCUUGCUGUGAUCCCUCGGGGGGGGGGGGGGGGUGUGUGCUCAUUUGGCAUGAGAAAGGUCAGGACCUCGGAGCUAAGGGCAAACAGCACUGGCACUCUUUCUGUCAGUUUUGUCUGUUGGUCGUUCCCAACUGAGAGGAAUAAAGCUAAGCUUUAGACUAUUUAAAGAUGUGAUAAGAGCUGUCUGUCUAAACUCACAGGACAAUCUCUGAGAAGAAACUCUCAUUUUCCUUUUUAACCAAAAGUGACAAUGUGACCUCUGUCAUGUUGUGUGUGGAUGAGAAGCUAGCCCAGGUGACUUGACUGUUGCACUGUGUGACGUGUAAGGACAUACCUGCUGCAUUUGCAGUCGCCUCCUGUCUGACCCUCCCUGGGCAGUCCUGCUGUCACUCGAUGUGACUUAACGGGGACAAACUCAGCUCUGUCUUAUAUUUUGUUUGCUUCAUAGUUUCCAGAACUAUAUAUAAAUAUAUUUUUUCAAUAGCAAAUAUUGUAGUUAAUGAGUGGUGACCACUCCAACCUUAUCCCUACCAUAUUGGUUUCAGGGAUGGGACUAAGAGUGUCUUUGGAAUAAAAAAAAAAUUAAGAUAUAAUCCUGUGAUAUAGAAUGAUGCUGAGGGUGCAGGUUGCAGGCCUGUAGCAGCUGUGUGAGCGAAGUGACCGUCCUCUGGAUCAAACGUCCACUCCUCAUCGUGUCCAUGACCCAGCGCCCCUUUGUCACUGUUUAGUUAUUGCCUGCUGCAAUUUUGAUUAUAUUUUGCUCUUCCUGACAUUGACUUUUUUUUUUAAUAAAUAAAAAAUAUCUGAAUAAUCCCCUGAAUGUGACUGGCUGCAGGAGCUGGGCCCAGCUCCUCCUCCUCGGGCUCUUCCCUAAGUGGCAGGAUCAUUGUAUCGAGCUGAGUCUGUCCCUCCUCUGCAGGGCAGGCUGAGGUGCAGACCAGGGAGCACUCGUAAUCUCACCUCCUAUACCGAACACAUAACCCUAGGCUCAGUCACACUAUGGAAAGGGAAAUGAAGUAGACCUAGAGCUUUAAAAGCUGUUUUAAGUUUUUGUAGGGAGGCUGGGGAGUGGUGUGUGGAUGGAAGGCUAGGGUCAGAAUCACUAAGUAGUCCAGAGGUCAUCGUCUUACUGCUUUGUUUUCCAUUUUAAUUGGCUACACUGACCUGGCCCAGAAAGGAAGAGCUUCUCAACUUUGAUGUCAUUAACCAACAUUCCCACAAAGUGACGGUCACCUGUCUUGGAAAGGUGGCAGGAGAUGUGAUCAAUGACGUUUUAUUUGCACAUGAAUAUUUUAUUUUUGUAUUCUGGCUCAGCUGCUUCUCUGCGCGGAGUUGGGAGAGCCAUAAAGGACUUUUGUAAGAAGUAUGCCGGCAACGCAUUUUAUACUCCUCUGCAUUUAAUUUUGAGACCCUGAAAGAAGGAUUGUGCGUCCCGAGACGGGGACAAGCAGAGCUUGAGCUAGCGGAAUGUUCAUUUGUGCUGCUGCUUGUGCACGAUAGCGGCCGUCGUGUCCCUCCUGGAAACGAACACCCCGUACUAUGAUGUGUAUGAAUAUAGGUUUCCUUUUCUCCUCUCCCUCUCUUCCUCCUUCCUCUUCCCCGUCCUUGCCUCCAUUUUCUUUCUCAACCCAUCCCUUUUUAAAAAGACCACUUACUGUAAAUAAGUUGUAAUCUAAACCUCAUGUAUCAAUGGGGAACUUUCAAAUAUAAAUAUUACCAAUACA